CGUGUUCUCACCCGGUCAUAAAUUAAGGUUGCACCGUGUUCCACCGAUAUUGGCACAAGCGUUCUUGUUAGCAACUAGCUAACAACAAUGUCUCUUUGACUAAAAUUUUUAUUGCGACAUUUGACAAAAUGGAAAGACCGCCAGUGAAACGCACUUAUGCUAAACUGCCCGUGUGGAUCGUAGAAGAUCAUCAUGACGUCGUGCCCCACAUAUAUCGUGCCAUUGGCUCUCGGCAUAUGCCAGCGAGAGAUAUCCGAAUGGUUCAUUUUGACUCUCAUCCCGACCUCCUGAUCCCCGUGAACAUGCCCGCUGACACAGUGUUCGACAAAGAGCGUCUUUUCAGUGAGCUGAGCAUUGAGAACUGGAUCAUGCCCAUGGUCUAUGCCGGGCACGUGUCCCAAGUCAUGUGGAUGCAUCCGGACUGGGCUCAGCAGAUCAAAGAGGGGGAGCAUAAUAUGUUUGUUGGGAGAGACACAUCAACAACCACCAUCAGGGUUACAAGCACUGAAGACUACUUUCUCAGUGACGCCUUGUAUGUUCCCGCGGCCCAGCUGGAAAAACCCAAGCCACUGCGCUUAAACGUUAUCCAAGUGAACCCAGUGGACGCUCCGUCCAGUAGCCAUGGUCGAAAGGACUGCAGCGCUGCUAAAAAGCCCAAAUCUUCCACCAACAUGGAGGAAGAGGACUGUCAGCCAAGUUGCAGUGAGUCUCGCAAUAGUACACCGCGGCCACCAGGUGGCAGCACACCGCCAGGGAACAGCCACAGCACCCAAGCCCAAAUCCGGACGGAGGAUGACUCGACAGCAUCUGUCGUGAACACUCUCCUCAGUAUAAUUGGACAGGCCGAUCAAUACAUCCUCGACAUUGACCUGGACUUCUUCUCCUGUAAAAACCCCUUUAAGGAUAUGUACACACAGGAAGAGUACUCGAUUCUGCAGGAACUGUACCAUUUCAGCAGGCCACGCGAGGGUGCGAACGAGGAAGAGCUCUUGGAGUGUGUGGACAGACGCACACGGCAGCUGGAGUAUCUCGAGAGCACGUUCGCUGACCUGCUCGAGGAUGACAGCCAACGCGCCAUGGAGUGCUGGGAGUUCAUACCUGGGAUGGAGUCGGUGCCGAAACUCGUGCGCAGCCUAAAGAGUCGAUCUGAAUCGCCCGACUACGAAAUGGUUCACCAGGCAGGCCUCACCUGCGACUACUCGGAGCUCCCGCACCACGUUAGCAGUGAAGAGGAGAUCCGGCAGCUGUUGCUGGCCGUGCGUCUCGUGCUCCAGGCUCUGCCCAAACCCACCAUAGUCACCAUAGCCAGGUCCAGCCUGGAUGAAUACUGUCCUGCGGAACAAGUGAACUCUAUUCAGAACAACGUGCUGGACAUUUUAGAAAACCUCUUCGGCUCUUUAGACGUUCAUAAGGAGUACGAAUCUCCCUCUGCAGAAAACAUAUCACAGUCCUCUUGAAUAUCAGAAUAUAUGUAACAUGCGUGUUUUUAGUAGAAGCUGACAGUAAUGCUUGCUUCUGAACGAAACCCGUUUUGGUGGGUGUGUGUGUGUGUGUGUGUGUGUAAUAUAUAUUUUAUUUAUUUAUUUUUUUUACUUUUUAUUUUAUUUUUUUAUGCAGAGCACCUGCAGACAGUAUGGCUGACUGUGGAAAAUGUUUUCAGGGAAAUAACAACAUAGGAAGCACAAAUGGGGAUAGAAAAUAAAGCAAAAUUUGUUUACAUUUUUUCCCAUCUUUCUGCUUAAUUGGCUUCCACUGAAAAAUGAAAAGCAUGUCAAAUAUUGAGUGAACAUUCUGAAAGUCUGUGUGUUUGUGUAUUUGUAGAAUAAAAUAAAAUUAGUUCUGAUGA